CUCUUUUCUGAUUGGCUUAUUUAGGAAAGCCUCCCGUUUUGUAACACAAGCGAGCUUGCACGUUACCAAACAAAUUCUCAGCACCGAACAAGAGACCUGACUAUUUGGAAGUACAAUAAAGGUUCACAGUCAUGGCACAUACAUGUAUUCACUGGUUCCGCAAGGGACUCCGGCUGCAUGAUAACCCAGCCCUCAUGGCUGCUCUGAGGGACUGUAAGGAGCUGUACCCCGUGUUCAUCCUUGACCCUCAACUCCACAACAAAACCCUAGUGGGUAUCAACCGCUGGAGGUUUCUCAUAGGAGCCCUGAAAGACCUGGACUGCAGCCUCAGGAAGCUGAACUCAAGGUUGUUUGUUGUGAGAGGGAAGCCUGAGGAAGUCUUCCCCAAACUGUUCGACAACUGGAAAGUAACAAAGCUGACCUACGAGUACGACACAGAGCCUUACAGUCUGAGCCGGGACAAAACGGUGACCAUGCUGGCCAGAGAACAUGGAGUCGAAGUCAUUUACAAAAUCUCACACACUCUUUAUGAUAUAGAAAGGAUAAUUGAGGAAAACAAUGGGAAGGCUCCCCUUACUUAUAACCGUAUGCAGGCAAUAGUGAAGACUCUCGGUCCCCCUAAGAAACCGAUUCCUGCUCCAACCAUGGAAGAUUUGAAAGAUGUAAAGACGCCUUGUUCAGAAAACCAUGAGAAAAAAUACGGGAUCCCUAAGCUGGAGGAGCUCGGCCACUCGGACACUGCAGGUCUUGAAGAGGAGCCGUUCCCUGGGGGAGAACAAGAGGCGCUGAGGAGACUAGAUGAACAUAUGGAAAGAACGGCAUGGGUGUGUAGCUUUGAGAAGCCGCAGACUUCUCCGAACUCUUUGAGCCCCAGCACCACUGUCCUCAGUCCAUAUGUCACUUUCGGCUGCCUGUCUGCACGCACCUUCUGGUGGAGGCUGACACAUGUCUAUCAGGGGAAGAAGCACUCAGAUCCUCCAGUGUCCCUGCAUGGCCAGCUACUGUGGAGAGAGUUUUUCUACACCGCUAGUGUGGGUAUCCCGAACUUUAACAAGAUGGAGGGCAACCCUGUAUGUACCCAGGUGGACUGGGACACAAACCCUGAUUAUCUGGCUGCAUGGAAAGAGGCUCGGACCGGUUUCCCCUUCAUCGAUGCCAUCAUGACUCAGCUGAGGCAGGAGGGCUGGAUCCACCACCUGGCCAGACAUGCUGUCGCUUGUUUUCUCACCAGGGGAGACCUGUGGAUCAGCUGGGAAGAAGGGCAGAAGGUGUUCGAGGAGCUUUUAUUGGACGGCGACUGGGCUCUGAAUGCUGGAAACUGGCAGUGGCUUUCAGCAAGUACCUUCUUCCACCAGUUCUUCAGGGUUUACUCCCCUGUCGCAUUUGGCAAGAAGACUGACAAAAAUGGAGACUACAUCAAAAAAUACCUUCCUCUUCUAAAAAAGUUCCCAGCCCAGUAUAUCUAUGAGCCCUGGAAAGCUCCCCGCAGUGUCCAGCAGGCAGCAGGAUGCAUGGUGGGUAAAGACUACCCCCAUCCCAUUGUCCAGCAUGAAGUGAUCAGCAAGAAGAACAUUCAGAGGAUGAAGUUAGCUUAUUCCAAGAGGAACAGCGACCCUGCUGAAUCACCCAGCAAAAAGCAAGGUGUAAAGCGCAAGGCUCCAUCUGUCGUUGACAUGCUGAAGAAGAAAAACAAAACAAUGUAAUGGUACUCAAAUGGAUGCAAAGUAAGAGUUAUUGUGCAAUGAAUGGAUGUUCAUUGCAAGUUACUAAAGAUAUACGGGGUGAAUGCUGUCUGGACCGGAAGCUAGAGACUUGUCUCAUAAAUGUAUGCAGGCAGUCCACUAAGUCCACGUCUUUUUAGUACACCCUUCAUGGUUACCAUUUUG